AUGUCUUCAACGCCAGAAUCGGAAUUGGAGACACAACAAUCAGACGGCUCUCCGGCACCGUCACAACAAUCAACACAAUUACAGCCCGCCUUGCAGCUAUCAGCCCGCGAACGCAAGCUGGAAUCACUCAAGGCUAGCAAUCUCGCGCUCGAGAAACAGAUCGCGCAAGUCCAGGCUAAGCACGAUGAGAGUGUGAAGAAGCUCAAAAACCCGGCAGCAUCGGAGACGGUGAAGCAGCAUAUUAAGUUACUCCAUGACUUCAAUGAGAUACGGGAUGUUGGACUAGGGCUGAUCGGGAUGGUUGCGGAGAACCGGCAACGGAGGGUGGGAGAAGUCAUGUCUGAAUUUGGAGUAUCUCUUGGUGAUUGA